AUGUCCCAAUUUCAGCAACAGUUGCAAGGGUUGCCAGGGUAUGAUCUUGUUAUGGACAAGUUCAAUGAUUAUGCGGAGGACCAUUUCAAUAACAUUAAUCCAUACGAAGAUGAAGGAAGAAGAAGAAAAUUAGGACCCUAUAGUACACCAGAGGAGCAGAAGCUUUGGAAAAAAGUACAAAAGAAGGCUUGGAUUCACGACAAGUGCUUUCUUGGUUCCUGUGGUGUAGGUAUGGAUUGCGGCUUGGGUUUAGCUCCAUUAGUGGUUUUUCUUUUGCCAGGACUUGGCCCUCUUUUAAUGUACGUGGUUCAUACACGGUUGCUAACUAUGGUAGAAAAAGAGAUGCAACUUCCAAACAAGCUUAUCGCAGAAAUGCAAGGAGAAAUUGUUUUCAACAUGAUCAUCACUUUUCCUCCAAUCAUUGGCUCAUUUUUCAGUUGGUUAUAUGGUUGCUCAACCAGGAAUGCUGGCCAUAUAUAUAAGUACAUGGAGCACGUUGGUAAGCUAAGGCAGGAAAAUAAGGUGCCUACAUACUCUGGACCUAUAUCAAAUCCAGCUUCCCAUCCAGCUUCGCAUUCUAGGAGUGCUGUUCCUUCAAAUGGCCCUAAUGGAAGGAGAUACAAUAAACAUAACGACAGGAAUUUUGCACAGAGUGAACAAAGGACAGGGUUUGUUUGA